GCAUGUUUUGGGGUUCUCCGUCCUUCUAGGGCACCCUGCUCCAGACAUGCAUCACCUCCGACUCAUUGCGACAUCAAUUCAGCUACUUUGCUGUCUGCUGCUGUGUCCUGUGGCUGCCACUUCAUAUAGAGAGCCCACGAGUGUCUCUACGAUGCUCCCUCCCCCGGAGCUGGGAUACGAGUUGCCCUCCUCAGAACCCUUGUCCUGCCAGGUCCUGCUCCCAAAGUCCCUGCCCGGCUUCACUCACAUGCCCCCUCUCCCCAAGUUCCUGGUAAGCCUGGCUCUGAGGAACGCUCUGGAGGAAGCUGGGUGCCAGGCUGAGGUCCGGGCUCUGCAGCUUCAGCUUUACCGGCUGGGGGGUGUGGAGGCUACACAAGCACUCGUCCACCAUCUUCAAGAGCUCCAGAGAGGCGGACGGGUGGACUGGGACGUGUCCGUGAAAGCCCUGUCCUCCGCUCUACACCUCUUAGCCCGAGAGCAGACGGAUCCAAAGAGGAUGAGGCGCUCGCUUUCCAAGCCGAACUGUGAGAACCAGAAGGAACAGAGCGUUCACAACGUGAUUGGGCUGUUGCCGGCAGUGGGGACCUACUACAACCUAGGCACCGCUUUGUAUUAUGCCAUGCACAAUUGCUCUGACAAGGCCAAGGAGCGAGGCCAAGAUGGGGCUAUAGAUCUGGGUUAUGACCUUCUUAUGGCCAUGGUGGGGAUGUCAGGGGGGCCAGCUGGUGUAGUGAUCACUGCUGCUCUUAAACCAGCAAUGAAGGCUGGAGUUCAGCGCCUCAUCCACUACUAUUAUGAUGAGAGAGAGGCGAACACCCCUCAGCCGGAGAUCACUACGGAACCCACCUCACAUGGGAGUGCCGUGGAAGAGCCAACCGUGGCCACUGUGCUGUCAGAAGUUGAAAGUACAGAUUCCUACUGGGGGAACUACGGUGUCUUGGCAUACAAGAGAUAG